UAGUCUUAUCUUUAUAGUUGAGUUGAGUUUGUGGGAUAUCUGAGUCAAGACACAUUUUCGGCUUGUUUGUUGUUGUAAUAACGCCACCACUCCCAGCUGUAACUGUAUCAAUUUAGAUUUCCGAGUACUUUAUUUUUACGAGUUUAGCAAGUUAACGUAAAAUUGGAACCUAUUAAUGGUUCCACGUUUAGAUACAGACUUGAAGAUUUGGACCCAGUCACAUGAACGAGGCUCGUUAUAGUACAACUUGGUAUCUAUUCCUAUCUAGCUACCAAAAUGUCGCUUUGUAUCGUUUGCGACGCUGUGUGGAUGUUUGGUAAUGGAAGCUUGUGACCGAAGUCCGAAGGUUGAGUCACAGCUUCAGCGACACAACACACAUACAAAUACGAUGGAUUCUUGCUGUAAACGACACUGAUGUCCUGCAAUGGGGACCCCGAGGAAUGGUAUGAAUAAGGAGAGAUUUAUUUUGUCUGUGGACGUGGGCACGACUUUGAUCAGAUGUCACGUGUAUGACAAGAAGGCAGAAAUUCGUGGCUCGUCCUGUACAGAGGUGGUCCCGUUGUAUCCAGAGGAAGGCCAUGUGGAACUUGACCCAGACAGAUUGUGGAAAAGCUUAAUCUAUGUGGUGAAGGGGGCUGUAAAAGAUGCCGGAGUCCAAAUGCAUCAAAUGGAGGCUCUGGGCAUCUCUACUCAGCGAGCUACCUUCACGACAUGGGACAGGAGAACUGGUGUUCCUUUCCAUAAUUUCAUCAGCUGGCAAGACCAGAGAGCAGCAGACCUGGUAACGUCAUGGAACAGAUCAUGCACCUUGAAAGCAAUCCAUGGCGUGAUGAAAGUUCUGCACUUCGUGACCAGGCAGAAGCGGUCACUUGCAGCGAGUCUGAUUGUCUUCUCCACUCAACAUGUCACCUUCCGCCUCGUUUGGGCCCUCAAACACUACAAACAGGUUGCUCAAGCAGUGGCAGAUGGAAACUGCUGCUUUGGAACAAUUGACACCUGGCUCUUGUUCAAACUCACAAAAGGUCUGAUUCAUGCCACAGACUACUCAAAUGCAAGUUCAACCGGGAUUUUUGAUUCCUAUCAGAUGUGUUGGAGUCAGUUACUUUGCUCUCUGGUCUCCCUGCCGCUCUCUAUUUUCCCCAAAGUAGAAAAUACAGGCCAUGAAUUUGGUUCCACAGACCCGUCCAUCUUUGGGAUAUCCAUUCCCAUCAUGUCAGUGAUGGCGGACCAACAGGCUGCCAUGUUUGGAGAGUGUUGCUACAGUGUGGGUGAUGUGAAGAUCACCAUGGGAACAGGCACCUUCAUGGACAUCAAUACUGGCAGCACACCUCACACAUCUGUAAAUGGUCUCUAUCCGUUAAUAGGGUGGAAGAUUAGCAAAGAAGUGGUGUAUCUGGCUGAGGGUAACGCAGCAGACACCGGCACCGCUAUCAAAUGGGCUCAGUCACUGGAUCUGUUCUAUGACGUGAAGCAUACCAGCCCUAUGGCAUACAGCGUGAGUGACUCAAACGGUGUGUGUUUCGUCCCGUCUUUCAGCGGCCUGCAGGCUCCUCUGAACGACCCGAAAGCUUGUGCCUCCUUCAUGGGCCUCAAACCUUCCACCACCAAAUGCCACCUGGUCCGUGCCAUUCUCGAGUCCAUUGCCUUCAGAAACAAGCAGCUAUAUGAGACGAUGCUAAGAGAAACUAACAUUCCCGUUACAAAGAUCAGGGUGGACGGUGGGGUUUCCUCUAACGACUUCAUCAUGCAGCUCACCGCAGACCUGUUUGGUAGAAAGAUAGAAAGAGGCCAGCACCAUGAAAUGUCCUGCUUGGGGGCUGCUUUUGUAGCCGGACUUGGUGUGGGCUACUGGCAAACCUGCGAGGAGCUGAAGAAACUUCACAGCGCGAGCGACGUAUUUUGCCCUGAACGAGCGCCCAGUGACUGUGCUGCUUCCGAGCACACACACGAUCUCCAGAGAUGGGAGAGAGCUCUCCGACGCUCCAUGUAUUGGUACAAGCAACCCUGCCACAGGAUGCGCUCACAGAAGAAAAGCGACUGAAACCUUUAUUGAAGAAGUCUGAUUGUGCUAUGCUAUUAUGUCCGGUAUACUUGAAAACACACGAGGACCCAGAUCGCAGCAGAGACCACACAUGAAUUGUUUCUCAUGUAAAGAUGUGAUUUCAGGUCGCAUACUGUCAGUGACCCCUCAGGUUACAGUAUUUCAUCAAAAAUGGACCACAAAGUUGCACACUGUUCCUCACAGGGGCGCUAGUAUAUGAGGUAGUCCCCUGCUUCAACCUUACGAAGCCCCAGACAUUAAAUGGGCAAAAAAAUAAAAACUAUCACUACAAUAUAGAUAUAACGUGCAAAAAUUACGAAUUUAUGGCCACAAAAUACUAAAUUGGUGCCAUAAUAUAUUUGUGGCCACGAAAUAGGUAUAAUGUUUACACAAAAAUAAUAAUUUGUGGCCACAAAAUAAGAAAAUUGUAACCAGAAUGUACUCAGUUGGAGCCAUGAAAUGGGGGAUAACGUGUGCAAAAAAAUGCUCAUUUGUGGCCACGAAAUACUAAAUUUGGGCCACGGAGUAGUUAUUACGUGUGCGCAAAACACUAAUUUGUGAAUUUUAUAUCUUGGAAUGACUGGGUAGGCAAAUGAAGCACACCUUCACGAGAACGUGCAUUCUCGACAUGGUGGGCUUGAUUUGCUUCCCCAACUGUCCAGGAUUAAAAAAUAAUAAUAAUAAAUAAAUAAAUCAUUUGCACCAUCCCAUGUGGAGGAAGUAAGUCAGAUGUGUCGCUUUUUUCAAUGUUACAGUAGCACAGUGACUUUACACUAUGUUCACUUUGGAUUUUAUCAGUCUGGACGCUUUAUAGAACCAAGUAUAUUUUUGAAGCUAGUGACUACAGGAGCCUGACAUUAAAGCUAUAUAUGUAAUUAUGCAAAUUUUAAAAUGACUUCCUCCAGUCCGUGCCGUACACACAUGCCCAAAACACAUUACGUCUUGUUUUCUACAUGUUAUUUACUUUUUGAUCUUCUAAUACUAAGAAUAAUUUCUUAUUGUGGCUUUUAGUGUGGGAACGUUCAAGGAUCCUGGGUUGACUGGAAUUGAGGCUAGUAUGGAAAGCCGUUUGAGCAUUUAUCGAUAUCCUCGUUAUCCAUCUUAACACAUUCACUGCCAUUGACUGCUUUAGAAGUCAAAUAUCCAUGUUAACUGGGAAGGCUGGCAGUGAAAGGGUUGAGGUCCAUGUACUAUUACUUUCUUUGUCCUCACUAGUAAGACAAUUUGGUGCACUACUAGAAUGACUGUCUUACUAGAAACAUUUAUUAUACAUGCUACAUUGUUAACUAGAAGAACUAGUAGUACUAGUAGCAUGAAUUUGUCAACUAGUGCCCAGCAUUGAAUUGUCUUUCUGAUGAGGACAAAGAGCAUACUAGUACUAUGGACCUUAAGCUAGAGAUCAAGGAUAAGGAGAAAAAAAAAAAUGCUCAAAUGGUUUUCCCUUGGCCAACACAAAAUGUGAUAGCCUCGAUCAAUAAUUUGGUAUUUUUGGUUGAAAUGGGCUCAAAAUGUGGAGGCAAAUCAUGCAACAUACCUGACCAAAAGACUGCAUUGUGACAGAGCCUUCGGAAGCCAUUUCCUGCCAUAUGUUAAUAAUUUAAAAGCAGAGUGUGACUCAAUAUACGUGCACUUUGACAAGAGUUUUGGGCUGCUGGGAGCCAGUCGCUUGAGCGUGUCUGCACAUCGCUGCGUUAUUGUGCUCUCAAACGCAACAAGCAAGCCUGACACUGACCUCGCACGCCCUCCCAAACACACUCGGCGCGCAUCUAAUUUUUUGUUUUGUUAUUAAAUACAGUUGCAGCAGCAAAAAAAGAAUAUGUACACGUUCCACACUAAAUGAAGGGGUUUUUGCAUUCAAAUUUUGAUGAUACACUAUAUCCAUAUGAGGUGCCGUAUGAAUAAUUUGUCUCUCACACACAAAAAAACACAUGCAACAAAAAAAAUACCUCGCACACCUAAAGAACUCACGGUCAGCAAAGAAACCGAACAACAUAAAUCACCAAUCACCAAAAAACUCCCACUCACACAAAAGAAAACUCACACUCCAAAAGUUCCCAUGUAAAAAAAAAUCUCAUUAUUCAUGUUCACCCAAAGAACAACACACCACAGAAACUCACACACACACCCCAAAACACACACACCCAAAACACUCCUGCUGCAAAAACCUCAUACAACGAAAAAAACUCUCACAUUCAUGAAAGAAAAAAAACGGAUGUACCAAAAUAAGUCUGCCAAUCACACACAUUUUGUGUUGUUCACAAUGUUAGCAAAGCUAUGGAAUCACUCAUUGUAAUAGCACAAAAGUCAAACCAGUGCUCAGUUGUUACAUACAGAAAUGUAUUGCGUUAUAAACAACAUGUAACAUAAUAUACUGUAUUCUUUCUUAUUUUUACAAGAACACGGCAUGGCGGACGACUGGUUAGCACGUCUGCCUCACAAUUCUGAGGAUGCGGAUUCAAAUCUGGCCUCGCCGGUGUGGACUGUAUAUAAUUGACAAGCGAAAUUCAUUUUUACUUAUGUACACUGAAAUAAUUAAACACUGCAUAACUUACUGAAGUAAUCUGUCACAGUUAUUUUUUUCAGCUUUGAAUCAAUAAAAAAUAUUCAUUUCUA